AUGUUAAAAGAGAUAAACAUAUCAGCAAAGAGCAAAGCAGAAGGUACAAAACAAAGAAAAGAGGAGACAGCCCAGAAACGAGCUGACCAGGAAGCUGAAAAAAGAGAAAAAAAGAGAAAAACGAGCAAAAAAAGAGAAACAGUUAUAUUAACAUCUUUAACAUCUUUUAAAAAAUCAUUAAACCUUAUUUCUGAAAAUUCAAAACUUAAUAAUAAGAAUUUGGAAAGAAAUAAACCUCCAAAAAGAAUACGUUGUAUAGGUGGUUUGAGAGACAUUGCUAGAUAUCAUUGGUCAUAUUGCUUGGAAGAUCAAGAAAAGAAUAAAUAA